AGGUGUGCGUAAAUCGCGAGCAAAAAUUUUCGCCGUCUCUUGAUCAAAAACCACACCGUCGCCGAUUGUUCGCAGUGUGUGAUUCACGGGCCAGUCUUUUUAGUUUUUCAUCCUAGCGCGGAAGUACGGACGGGAACAACUGCGUUACCGGGAGUGCUUGAAAAGUGCACAAAACCAUUCAAACCGAUCGUGGAUCAGUGCCGGAAAAUCCUUGCAGCACCCAGAAGUGGGUAAUCCGUGUGUGCGCUAUUGUUUACCGCGUGUGUAGUGCAGAUAUUUUGUUGCUCGCGAAACAGCUCUCAAACAGCGGUAAAAAAUUAGCAAACAAAGAUGGAUAACGCUAAGAUAUGCGAAUUACUGCGUGCUACAAUCGAACCAACGCAGCGGCUGCAGGCGGAGGAACAAUUGAAUCAGGUCCAUAAAAUCAUAGGCUUCCUGCCGAGUCUACUGCAGGUGAUUAUGCAAAAUGACGUAGACAACCCAGUUCGACAGGCGGGUGCCAUCUAUUUGAAGAAUCUGAUAACCAGUAGCUGGCAGGACCGGGAAGCGGAAACAGGCAAUCCGAUUCCUUUCUCUAUCCACGAGCAGGAUCGGGCUAUGAUCCGGGACACGAUUGUCGAAGCUAUCGUGCUGGCUCCCGACAUAAUUCGUGUACAGCUGUGUGUCUGUAUUAACAACAUUAUCAAGAAUGACUUCCCCGGACGGUGGACGCAAGUGGUGGAUAAAAUUAGCAUCUAUCUGCAAAAUCGAGAUGUUAAUGGAUGGAAUGGAGCUUUGUUGUGCAUGUAUCAAUUGGUUAAGAAUUACGAGUAUAAAAAAUCUGCUGAAAGGGCCCCACUCACUGAGGCCAUGAACCUGUUGUUACCGCAGAUGUACAACCUGAUGCUAAACGUAAUCAACGAUCCAUCCGAGCAGAGCGUGCUUAUGCAGAAACAAAUUCUGAAAAUUUACUACGCCCUAACUCAGUACGCUUUACCGCUGGAGGUCAUUACGAAGGAAAUUUUCUCCAACUGGAUGGAAAUUUGCCGACAGAUUUUAGAUCGUCCCGCUCCAGAUUCUACGCACAUCGAUGAAGACGAACGACCGGAGCUGCCCUGGUGGAAAGCCAAGAAAUGGGCGUCGCACAUCGUUCUCCGAAUGUUCGAACGCUACGGCAGUCCUGGAAACGUCGUAUCGAAAGACUACAACGAGUUUGCUGACUGGUUCCUGCCGACAUUUACCAGCGGGCUGCUUAAUGUGCUGUUGAAAGUUUUGGAUCAGUACCGGAACAAAAUUUACGUCUCGCCGAGGGUGAUGACCGACACGCUCAACUAUAUCAAACAUGCCGUCUCCCAUGCUCACUCGUGGAAAAUGUUGAAACCUCACUUCAUCGCCAUCAUCCAGGACGUAAUAUUUCCUCUCAUGUCAUACUCGGAAGCGGACGAGGAACUGUGGGAAGCCGAUCCAAUCGAGUACAUCCGGCAGAAAUUUGAUGUGUUUGAUGAUUACACCACUCCGGUUCCGGCUGCCGAAACGCUGCUCCACAACUGUUGUAAAACGAGGAAAGGUGUCCUACCUCAGGUUAUGCAGAUUAUUAUGCAAAUUAUCAAUGCUCCGAACUUGAACGCCAAACAAAAGGACGGUGCCCUCCAUAUGGUUGGUUCGCUAGCGGAUGUACUGUUGAAGAAGAAGGUCUUCAAGGAACAGGUCGAGAGCCUUAUCAUGCAGUACGUGUUUCCGGAGUUUAAUAGUCCACAUGGCCAUCUACGUGCUCGAGCCUGCUGGGUGUUGCAUUACUUCAGCGAAAUUAAGUUGAAAAAUCAACAGGUUCUGGCGGAAAUUAUGCGACUUACUUCUGCUGCUUUGCUGAACGACAAAGAGCUUCCCGUCAAGGUGGAAGCUGCGGUUGCCUUACAAAUGUUCCUCAUCUCGCAAGAUAACGCGUCCAAGUACUUGGAGAAUCAGAUCAAGGAAGUAACUAUGGAACUGCUAAAAAUAAUCCGCGAAACCGAGAACGAAGAUCUAACCAACGUUCUGCAGAAAAUUGUUUGCACCUAUUCGGACCAGCUGCUUCCGAUUGCAGUCGAUAUCUGUCAGCAUUUGGCCACCACAUUCAGCCAAGUGCUGGAAGCGGAUGAAAAUUCCGACGAACGGGCCAUCACAGCUAUGGGUCUACUGAACACGAUGGAAACGCUGCUUAGCGUAAUGGAAGAACAUCCGCAAGUGAUGCUGUCGCUGCAUCCCAUCGUUCUGCAGGUCGUUGGCCAUGUACUGCAGCAUAAUGUGAACGAGUUCUACGAGGAAGCGUUUUCGCUGGUGUACGAUCUGACCUCGAAAUCGGUAUCGCCCGACAUGUGGAAGUUACUUGAGAUUAUCUACCAACUUUUCCAGAAGGAUGGAAUCGACUACUUCGUAGAUAUGAUGCCAGCCUUACACAAUUACAUAACUGUCGAUACACCUGCAUUUUUGUCAAAUCAGAAUCACGUCCUGGCCAUGUUCAACAUGUGCAAAACGAUAUUGACCGGCAACACAACGGAGGAGGCAGAGUGCAGUGCCGCCAAGCUGUUGGAGGUAAUCAUCCUUCAAUGCAAAGGUCGCAUCGAUGAGUGUAUUCCAAGCUUCGUUGAGUUGGCACUCACUCGACUAACACGCGAGGUGAAAACUUCCGAACUUCGAACGAUGUGUUUACAGGUCGUCAUUGCCGCUCUUUACUACAACCCGCAACUGUUACUGCAAGUUCUCGAAAAAAUCCCCCUCCCGGUCAGCAACGAAUCGAUAGCGUCACACUUUAUCAAACAAUGGAUACACGAUUCGGAUUGUUUCCUAGGAAUCCAUGACCGUAAGCUUUGCGUGAUCGGCCUGUGCACUCUGAUGUCCCUCGGAGACGGCAAACCGGCGGUGUUGAGUGAGCUAAGUGAAAAGAUCAUUCCUACGCUGAUACUAAUAUUCGACGGAUUGAAGCGUGCGUAUGCGGCCCGUGCUGCCGAGGGCGAGGAAGAGGAAAGCGAGGAUGACGACGACGACCUGGAGGAUGGCAUUUCCAGUGACGAAGACGAGGUGGAUGAAAUGGGACCGUCGUAUUUCGAACGCGUUGCCAAGAUGGCACAAGACAAAGCCGCCGAUCAGGGUUUCGAGCUGACCGCCACUAUUAAGGAUGCUGAUUCCGACGACGAGGAUGACGACGAUGACGAUGACGACUCUGGUGACGAAAUGGAUGAAACGGCACUAGAAGGAUUCACCACCCCACUGGACGACGAUGAUAACCCAGAAUGUGUGGAUGAAUAUAUUGCCUUCCAGGAAGUGAUGACCAAUUUACCAAGCGCCGAUCCAAACUGGUACAACAUGCUUACCAGAAAUUUGAGUGCGGACGAUGCGAAAGCACUGCAAGAGAUUCUUGUACUGGCCGAGCAAAAGAAAGCAGCUAAACGUUCCAAGGAGAUUGAAAAUAGCGGAGGAUACCAAUUCACCCAGCAUCAGAUUCCAAGUUCGUUCAACUUUAGUGGUCAGUAGUAAAGUGAGCAGAACAACCAGCAGCAUGGAAAACGAAUCUUUUUUUUAACGAAAAGAGGUUGAAAAUAUAAACUGUACAAUAGGUCGCUACACAAUUUUAGGGAAAAAGCAAAACAAAAAAAAAGUAUAAUCGCUAGGUUUACUAGGAACAUAUUGUAUUUUUGUCUCUAAAAUGAAAAAGAAGAAGAAACCAUCACUACAUCUAAUAGAAAUGCAUAACACAACAAAUUUGCAGGGAAGAGUACCGGAUAGCGGAACCGAGCCGAAAGUUGACAUACGCUGAACGUUAGAACAAAUUUAUCUUUCUGCUGCGCGUCAACACGAAAAAUGUUUAUGUUAACUUUUGAGGAAAAAGAAAAAAAUCGAAUCGCUUCGGAAGCACAUGUUGACAAUUUUGUUUUGUUCUAAUGUGUUAUGAUUGUUCGAAUUAUGUCGAGUAAAAGAAAAAAAACGGAAAGGAUAACUGUAACAAUUAAGCAUGAGCCGCUGCUUGCGAAUUCAGGGAUAAGCUUGCAUUAAGCAGUAUACACUUUUUGGCAUUGCAUUAGAAAUGUAUUUUAUCUGAGGCCCACGAAACGGAAAUGACCAAUAGAACCGAAUAAAACAGAGCCCUUUAUCCAACAACAAACCAAA